AUGGCGGCUGUUGCCUCACACUCUACUGCAUUUCGCGCACCAAUUCGCUUACAUGACCUUGUUCCCAAAGCUGAUUUGGGUCUUUAUUCUGUAAGAUUUUCAUCAAAUCGCACUAGGAGUGUUACGGUCUAUGCUUUGAGUGCAAAUGGCGAUGACAAGCACCAAAGCGAAGCCGUUGUCUCCGUCUCAGACCCUCCUCUCGUGGUCGCUGCUAAUCCCACCACAAAUCCUAAGGUGAAACGUCACACAAUUUCGGUAUUUGUUGGUGAUGAAAGUGGGAUGAUAAAUCGAAUUGCUGGGGUAUUUGCUAGGAGAGGGUACAACAUUGAGUCCCUUGCAGUGGGUCUUAACAAGGAUAAGGCCCUCUUCACUAUAGUUGUAUCUGGAACUGAAAGGGUGCUACAACAAGUUAGGGAACAGCUUCUGAAGCUCGUGAACGUAUUAAAGGUUGAGGACAUUUCACAAGAGCCACAAGUGGAACGGGAGUUAAUGCUCAUCAAAAUCAGCGCCGAUCCAAAAUAUCGAGCAGAGGUGAUGUGGCUAGUGGACAUUUUUAGGGCGAAAAUUGUGGACAUCUCAGAUAAUUCGCUAACUAUUGAGGUAACAGGAGAUCCAGGGAAGAUGGUAGCUGUGCAAAGAAAUCUGAGUAAAUUUGGAAUCAGAGAGAUUGCUAGGACAGGGAAGAUUGCCUUGAGAAGAGAAAAGUUGGGUGAAUCUGCUCCCUUCUGGAGGUUCUCGGCCGCUUCAUAUCCAGAUCUUGAGUCAGCAAGGCCUGCUGCUACUGUUUCAAGAACUGUGAAGGGGACAUUUAGCAGAGAAUCUGAUACUUCUGCUGGAGGCGACGUUUACCCUGUGGAAUCCCCUGACAGCAUUUCUAUCAAUCAAGUUCUUGAUGCUCAUUGGGGAAUGUUGGAUGACGAAGAUACUAGUGGGCUCCGCUCUCACACGCUUUCCAUGGUUGUCAAUGAUGUUCCUGGAGUCCUUAACCUCGUCACAGGUGUUUUUGCUCGAAGAGGAUAUAAUAUCCAAAGUUUAGCUGUUGGUCAUUCUGAAGUUGAGGGGCUUUCACGCAUUACCACUGUUGUUCCUGGUACAGAUGAAUCGAUAGGAAAGUUGGUGCAACAACUGUGUAAAUUGGUGGAUCUUCAUGAGGUUCAAGACCUCACACAUUUACCUUUUGCCGAGAGGGAAUUGAUGUUGAUCAAAAUUGCUGUGAAUGCUGCUGCUCGGCGGAAUGUUCUUGACAUAGCUAGUAUAUUCAGAGCGAAAGCUGUCGAUGUAUCUGAUCACACCAUCACCCUCGAGCUCACAGGAGAUCUGGACAAAAUGGUUGCUUUGCAAAGAUUGUUAGAACCAUACGGAAUUUGUGAGGUUGCACGAACUGGUAGAGUGGCACUUGCACGAGAAUCAGGAGUUGAUUCGAAGUUGGUCACGUUGACAACCGAAACCACCGAAGGCGUCAAGGAGAUGGGUUUGAAAAAUAUGGAGAAAUUGUGGAAAGGUGGCAACCAACUUUUUGCUAUCAAUCAUGAGAUUCUGGACUUAUUGGAGCAAUUCGGAGCGGAGCACUUUGAGCAAGGCGAGUGGGUUUAUUCGAAGUUGAGGCCUUAUCGUCAGUGCACGAUUUUACAAAUGUCGUUGUAUAAGCUCGAACGCCGAUUUUACAGACCAUAUCAGCUCAAGGAGCACAUGAGCAAUGUGGUGUAUCGACUUGAAUUGCCGACCGAGUCUUAA